AUGCGGUUUAAACAGAUAAAUCCUCGUCCUCUGAAGCAGAAAUACCGCCUCUACUCACCUACUGCCAUGCACAAUGCCUACAAAUAUAUAAAAGAUGAAAAUGCCUCAGUGUGUAGAGCUGCUAAGAUUUUUGGAGUGCCUGAGCAGACCCUUAGGGACAGAAUACAUGGUAAAAUUGAUCCAGAUUGUGUGACUACUGGAAGGGCCCCUGUUCUUUCUCUGUAUGAGGAGUCUAAAAUAGUUGACCAUCUUAAAACGAUGGCUGGGUAUGGGUAUGGAUAUACCAAACAAGAAACAGUUGACAUUGCCACUGACUAUGCUAUCAGAUUAGGUAAACGUACCAAAUCCAACCCGCUUACUCUGGCUUGGUUUGAAGGUUUCAGAAACAGAUGGCCAGACGUGAAAGUACACAAACCAAGAAGUUUGGAACAGCUGAGGGCAAAGAUGGCAAAUGAGAAAAAUGUGAACACUUACUUUGACAAUCUCAGGGGAACACUAGACCAGUAUGAUUUACAUGACAAACCCCACCUCAUUUUUAAUAUUGAUGAAAAGGGUAUCUCGUUGGACCAUAAACCACCACAUAUUGUUCAUGUACAUGCUAAUCCACCUGCAGUCACAACUGGAAAGAGCAAAACAGUCACUGUCUUGGGCUGCGGUAGUGCCAGUGGUGUGGCCAUUCCGCCCUAUUUUGUAUUUGCAGGAAAGCGCAUGAAUCCUGACUUACUGGCGGGCAAAUGUGCUGGUGCAGAUGGAACAGUAAGCGAGACCGGCUGGUCCAACGGUGCUAUCUUCAGACACUGGAUUGAACAUCAUUUUAUCAAGUACAUUCCAGGUCGCACCAACGAACCUGUUCUACUUAUGUUGGAUGGUCACAAGUCGCAUGUUUCUGUAGGGCUUGCAGAGUGGGCUCUGGAACAGAAUAUUGUCAUUUUUGUCUUGCCUGCUCAUUGCUCCCAUAUUCUUCAACCCUUUGAUGUUGCCUGCUUUGGACCCUUCCAAAAAAUCUAUAACAUCCAGUGCCACAAGUUAAUAAGGGAAACAUCUGCCACUAUUUGUCGGUACAAUGUGUGUGAGCUGGCGUGCCAAGCCUACACUAAGGCAGUAUCCCCUGAAAAUCUACAGUCUGGGUUCAGGAAGACGGGUAUAUUUCCCCUGGAUAAAGCUGCCAUACCUCAAGACAAGCUUCUACCAGCCGAUGUCUAUCAGGAGUCUGCAGAAUGUAGUCAAGCUAGUGAAGCUUCUACAGUGGAAGGGGGCAUUGAAGUUAACAAAGAUGAAGGAUGUAGUGUCUUCAUGAAAGAAAAAGAGAAAGAACUUAAGAGAAAGAAAUCAGAAACUGAAAAGCAGAGAAAAACAAGAAAAACUAUGAGCAAAAUAGUGUCAGGAAAAGAGAUGUCUACAGAAAGUGUAAUAGAGCAAAUGAAAGAACAUGAACUAAGUCAGAACAAAAGGAAGCCAGACCAAAUGCAAACAAAGGAGAAGUCAGUAAAAAAAUCAAUGAAAAUCAAACUCUUGAACAAACAGUCCAGUCCAAAGCCAGGCCCUUCCACUGAGAAGUCUGCUGAAAGCCCAUAUAGAUGUGAAAUAUCUGACUCUGAGUCAGACAACAUGGACACUGAGCCAUGCUGUGUAUGCAAUGCACGCCAGCCUAUUGAAAUCUCUAGAAACAGGUGUGUUAAGUUUGUUGAGUGGGCUCAGUGUGAUGACACAGGCCAAAAAAUAUUUAAGGUGACACGGCUCAUGAUGGCAAAGAUUGAUUUAACUGCAAACGGUAUUGUUGGAAAGCGCAUAUAA